AUGGGCCUCCUGAAGACCGUGUUCGAGGUCAAUCUUGGCCUUUUCGGGGGCGACGCUGACAAGGGCCGCUCCAAGGACAAGACGUUGAUCCUUUUCGUCAUCCGCGACCACGUCGGCGCCACCCCGCUGUCGAACUUGACGGCGACGCUGACGGCGGACAUGGAGAAGAUCUGGGCUGGUCUGUCGAAGCCUCCUCAUCUUGCCGACACCAAGCUGACCGACUACUUUGACCUGGACUUUGCCGCGCUUCCGCACAAGAUUCUUCUGCCCGAAAAGUUCGAAGAGUCCGUGAUCGAGCUUCGCAAUCGUUUCACCGACCGCACCCGGAAGGACUAUGUGUUCCAACCUGCGUACCACAAGCGCAUUCCUGCCGACGGCGUGCCGUUCUACAUGGACGGUAUCUGGCAGCAGGUGCUUGAGAACAAGGAUCUGGACCUGCCGACACAGCAGGAGCUGCUCGCUCAGUUCCGAUGCGACGAGAUUGCGACUGGCGUCAUUGAGCUGUUCAACUCGAGUGCAAAGGCGCUGCGCAAGCCGCUCGAGGCUGGCUCGGUCGUUCUCGGCCUCGGCGCCUCGAUGGGCGACUGGCUCAAGGUAGCCGCGACCAACUUUGACGCCGCCGCGUCGCGCUACCACUCUGGCGUGUACCAGCGCAAGCGCCUCGACCUGUUGAACACGCUGCACGCGGUGCUUCUGCCAAUGUACCUGAACCAGCUGAAGAAUGCGCGGAAGCAGGCGACGACGCAAUUUGCGGAGGGCAUCGCGACCUCGCUCAAGGCGCCGAGCUACGAUUUUGCCGAGGUGGUGUCACGGUGCACGCGUGAGGCUCGCGAGACCUUUGUCGAGACGGCGAAGGAGGCGACUCUCGAGGGCAGCGAGUGGGACUACACGACCGAGCUCGACAGCCUGGACGAAGACCUGCAGACGAUCGCGGACCGAAGCCGCGCGGACGAGACGAAGAAGAUGGUGAACGGCAUCGAGCGCACGGUGAAGCGGCAGCUUGCCGAGCCCGUCGAGCUCGCGCUCAGUAAGCCCAACAAGGAGAUGUGGGACACGGUUCUGUCGUCGUACAAGACGGCGACCGCAAGCGGAGAGAAGGCGUAUCGAGCCAAGGCGGCGAGCUACAACUGCACCGAGGACGAGAACCGCGCCGCGCUCUCCACCCUACACAGCCGCGCGUGGCUCGCGCUGCGCAAGAAGCUCGAGGAGCAGACUGCCGACACGGUCGUGCUCUCGACGCUGAGGGGCAGCUUCGAGGACCGGUUCCGGUACGACGACGCUGGCGUGCCGCGCGUGUGGAAGCCCGAGGACGACCUGGACGGCGCCUUCAAGAAGGCGCGCGAGGAGACCCUCGCCCUGCUCCCGCUGUAUGCGACCGUGAGCCCGGUGGAGGAGAAGCUGCCUGAGCUUCCGGAGCCGGACGCGCUGGACGUGGACAUGGACCCCGAGGCGUUCGACCCCGCGACGGCAUGGACGCUAGUGAGCCCGACGCGGCUACGCGGCCUCGAGGCGCGCUUCAAGCGCGACGCGGACGCAGCCUACGUCGAGGCGAAGCGGAGCAUGGUCUCGAGCAUCUCCCAGGUGCCGUUGUGGAUGUACGGCGCGCUCGUCGUGCUCGGGUGGAACGAGGCGAUGGCCGUCCUCUUCAACCCGCUGUACUUUGCCAUGCUGCUCGUGGCUGCCGCGUCGGCGUAUAUUGUCCUGCAGCUUGGACUGGCCGGCCCCCUCUUCCAGAUCGCACGCACUGUCACGGGAGAGGUCAAGCGCAUCGCGACGGACAAGAUGCGCGAGGCAUUCGCUGAGCCCCAGCAGCAGCGCGUUGCUGUCCCCGUCGCCGUCAAUGCGACGGAGAAGAGGAGAGAGGUCCGCCGCGGACCCUCGGUUCAUGAGCUGGACGAGACGAGGCUCGACACCAAGUUUAUGGAGAAGUAG